GGGACUUUCCAAGGACACCAACCUUCUCGAAGAGAAUGGUUUCGGUGGAGAGAAAGCCAAGAAAGAAGUCUCACCUUUCGUGUGUGUGUGUGUGUGUGUGUGUGUGUGUGUGUGUGUGUGUGUGUGUGUGUGUGUAAAUAUUUAUAUUUUCAUUCAUAUACGUUUAUACAGUUUCCACGGUAUGGAAAUAAACCUCACUUGGAUUCCUUUAACACCGUACUGGAUGCCGAUGAAACGACCAGGACCAAACGGCACAGAAGUGACCACAUUCAGUGGAAGGGAAUAUUCGAUAAUGGAAAGCAUGGCACUGAUCCUCAACUUUACUAUGAACGCCCUCCCAUACACAGGAUGGGAUCCAGUAUUAAGAAGCUUGAGGACUCGUGAAGCUUUUCUUUGGCCUGUUAAUCUGCCACUAUUACCACACAUGUUGGAGCUGUAUGACUUCAGCUUUUUUCUGGAGCGAUCCACUCUGGCCUUUGCUAUGAUUAAGCCCUCCGUCAAACCCAGUUGGGAGAGCCUUUAUCGUCCUCUCCGGAUCGAGGUGUGGGGCCUCGUAGCAGCUACAGUUGUAGUUGUCUUUAUUGUCCUCCUGAUGAUGAAUAAAAGCGGUAAAGAGAAGGGGCCCGGUGCAUGGCUAGUAAUGAAGCAGGUACUCGGGACACUACUUGACGAGGCCAUCCCUGGAGAGCUACCACAACGCAGUACCACGAGGGUGGUUUUGACGGCAUGGCUGAUCUUUAGUUUCGUCGUGGGAACAGUUUACCGCAGCAAUCUCACUGCCUCCCUCACAAUACCAAAGUACCCUCCUCGCAUCGAGACUCUCGGCGGACUGGUGGAUGCAAAUGUCAAGCAAGUACAUCGUGCAUUUUUCAAUUCAAUAAGGCACCCAAUUUACCAGUAUAGGACAUAUAUUCAGCUGUUACCUGCAGAGGAUACUAAACUGCUAUUUGAACGAGAGCUUGAGAAGACCAGUAAAAGGAGUGUGGAAGGAAAUGCGAAACUGAGGCUGAAUGACAAUAACAAUAGUAACGAAAUGAAUGGUGAUAGAUGAUAAUAGGAGAAUGAAUGUAGUUAUGAGUGGUACGUUGCAUGAAAAGUUUUAGAUAUUCAGGAUCGAAUGUUGAUGUAGAUGAAAAAUUGAUACAAGGUAAAAAAAAAAUAAAGCAGAGAAAGUGACGAAACUUUAAUUUUUCAAAAUGGAAGACGUCCGUAGCAAAAUGAGAUGGGUUCAGUCAAUAAACUUGUCAAAAUGAGUGACGCCGCCGACUGCAACGCUCAUGUUCACGCUCAUACAAUGUUGCCGCUAUGGAAGGAACUCGGUGUUUGGUGUUGCAUGAAAAUGUCAGGUAUUUCACUCAUGAAUGCCAUACAAACCGUGGAGAUGGAGACACUCGGAUGAAAGGCAAAUCAUGGUAGGAAGAACAAUGCUGCACUAGAGUCCGAUAACGAUGCUGUCAUUGCUUCUUUUGUGUUCAGUGAUAAGUUCUCGGUGAGAGGGAUUAAAGUUUGUGUAUUAUUAUUAUUAUUAUUAUUAUUAUUAUUAUUAUUAUUAUUAUUAUUAUUAUUAUUAUUAUUAUUAUUACAAUAAUAUAAUCGAUAUUAUUGGUAUCAUCAUCACAAUAACCAUCAACGUCAUCAUCGUAGAAAUCACCACCACCACCACCACAACCAUCAUCAUCAUCAUCAUCAUCAUCAUCAUCAUCAUCAUCAUCAUUACUAAUGUUUUACUCCACAAAAAGAAUUCUCGUCGUGGACAUCAUGGAUAUGUUCUACGACAACUUCAGAGUGUCUACAUCUGAAGUACUGAGAACAAUAUCCGCCAGAAUGGAAAUUGUUCCGAAUUAUAUGGUGGGAAUGACACGAAUCCUUUC